AUGUUUGAGCGUUCUGACGACGCCAUCUCGGGCAACAGGGUGGAAAUUUCGAGUAACAAGGAGCCGAUUCGACCACAAGAAUCACCAAUUAUUGACAAUGGUGAAGCAGACUUUGCCGAGGACCAGAGCAUUGUCGAUGAUAUGGGGAUGAAGUCAUCGUCCCAAGUAGCAAAGCAUAACUGGAAGGGAUUGGUGUUGGCCUUACUUGUGAUUACGGUCAUAUCGUCGCUCAUCGUCUUGGCAUGUUUUCUCACCUACGAUUACAAAUUCGUAUACGUGUCAGCGAACGGCUCCUUGUUAGCAAUUGAUCUCAAAACUCACAAAACCAAAGUCUUGCUGUCGAGUGCACAGAUUCGCGAGAAAGAACACUUCAUGGGGUGUUCUGGUGUGUCAGAUGACACAAAUGCACUACUACUGCGUUAUGUGCAUGUUCCGAUUUAUCGAAAAAGCCAUUAUUCCCAAUAUCAGGCUAUUUUACUUUCAAAUGACCAACAUCCACGAGUUCUGCAACGAAUUGAUAUCGCACCCGACCUAGAGUCGGCCGACCAUACAUUUCUCAAUCAUGCUGAAUUAUCCCCGAAUUCCGAAGCACUGGCUUUCGUCUACAACGAUCGAAUUUUUUGCCAAAAGCAUCCAUUCAACCAAUCCACGGCCAACAAACCCGUUGAUUUGACAACUUCGAUUUACAAGGAGAAUGUUCGCUACGGUAUUGCUGGAUUUCUCUAUGAAGAGGAAAUAAUUGGAGUUAGUCAGACAUUUUGGUGGAGUCCUGGCGGCAGACAUCUUGCCUUCACCGCGAUUGACGAAUCAAACGUAACGAAGGGCUACACAAUGUCAUUUGGGACCCAGGACGCCCCGGGACCACGCUUGAUGCACCACAGAUACCCCUUGGUGCGUUACCGUGUCCUAAUUUUUGCAGAAAUUGCCAAUACUACUGAUGAAAUCAAUGCUGCUGAAACGAAUCCUUACAAUUUGCCCUACCUCACAAUCUACAUUUACUCCCUAACCACAGAUGAGCUUCAUGCCUACGCCCGACCAAUGGGAUUGCCUGGGAAUGCACAUUUGACCUUCUUUAAGUGGAUUAGUGAUGAUGAAUUCCUGUGCGGGUGGGUGUCUCGGAAAUGGGACAAGUCAUGGAUCGUUCUUGGUGAAGUUCCGACCAAGUCGAUGCGCGUGAUAUAUCAUGAACGUGCUCGAUUUGGAUGGAUCAACCUUCCGAACCAGCUUCUGCAAAUGCCAAUAGUGGAACCAGAUAGGCAGUCGAUCCUAACAGUCAUCCCGAAUUACUAUAGCAACCAGGUGUAUCGGGGAAUAGUGCGAUUGUAUCUGAACAUAUCGCGAUCAACAACUGCUCAAUAUCCCCAAUGGGUGCAUACGCCAGAUUAUGAUGUGAGAGACAUUCUCUAUGCAUUUGGCGGCAACGAGAUUCUUUACGCGUCCAGCGGUCCAGACUCCAAAGAAAUGCACGUAUUUAUUUCAAGAGGAAUUACGGAAGCGACGUGUCUGACCUGUGGUGAUCCCAACUGCACAUACAACGUCGCCAAGGUCUCGAAGGAUGGUCGGACGCUUUUUGUUGAAUGUCUGGGUCCAAGUCCUCUCACUUACACUCUAAAAGUACUCGUCAGAAAUAACACUGUUGCCAACAAUGGCCCUGCUUACUACUUAAAGACUAUUUCAGUAGUCUCAAACAACACGGAGUUCAAGGAGAUUGUUGCCACAAAAGCCAUGGCCGUCACGAAGUACCGAAAUGUAACGUUAAGGAAGGGGACAAAGCAGGAGGUGACUCUUCAAGCCAAAUUCAUUCAACCACCGGAAUUGAUAGAAUCACACAUCAUACAAUACCCGGUACUAUUUGAUACGUACGGAGGGCCGUCAACACAGCUUGUCAGCACAAAAUUCCGCCUCGACUGGCAAACCUACCUCGUGACACGCUUUAAAUUUGUCGCCAUAUCGAUCGACGGACGUGGAACUGCCAGCAGAGGAAAGAUAUUUGAAAAUGCCAUCUACAGAAACUUUGGUGUUGUUGAGGUUCAAGAUCAAAUGGAUGGAUAUAGGCAAAUUCUUGAAGACCACAAAUUUCUCAACAAAUCAGCAAUAUGUACUUUUGGAUGGUCCUACGGCGGAUUCACUGUGGCCAGUAUUUUGGGACAUGCCGAUAACGAUUUUAUAAAUUGCGGUGUUGCAGUCGCCCCUGUAAGCGACUUCGGACUAUACGACUCGGCUUACACGGAAAAAUACUUGGGACUCUAUUCCGAAAACGCCCAUGAAUACAAGUUGUUUAAACAGGCUAUUUCUUGUUUUAAACAGCGAACACAAGUUGGACGCUUGGCGCGAAAUUUCAAAAACAAGGACUUCCUAAUCAUUCAUGGCAUGACUGAUGACAACGUAUACCUGAUUCAUUCGGCGCUUCUAAUCACCGAACUGCUUAAACAUGGGGUGUAUUUUGACAUGAUGUUUUAUCCAGACGACAAUCACUUCCUCAUAAAUUCUCACGUCCGUCCGCAUUUGUGGCGGAAACUGAUCACAUUCAUAGUUGACAGCGUAAACAAGACGUCCAUUCGCCACCGUCACAGUUUUGAUGAGAUGUGA